CGACAAGGUCUGACAUCAGAUAUAAUUUAUAAUCAUUUAUUAAUAAAUUGCUGCAGAUAAGACAUGUGAUAUUAGUUCCCUUUAUUGUAAACAACAAUUUUAUUAUUAUUUGUUUUGUAUCUGUUUUAAAGGUACUACUACUUUAUAGUUAAGAUGUUAUUAUAUCUAAUAGCGACUGUAAUAGCCGCAGCUACGUAUUAUUAUAUACAAUGUAUAACUUUUUGGAGGAGACAAGGUGUUCCACAAGGAUCAAUAAAAUAUACCAUCGUAGAACUUAUAAAUUUCUUUUUACAGAAAAAACCGUUAGCGGAAUCUAUUCAGUUAAAUUAUAAUAUGUUUCCAGAAAGCAGGUAUACUGGUGUGUAUUCAUUCGGGGCACCAAUUUUAAUGAUAAGAGAUCCAGAUCUGCUCAAAGAUAUUACAGUUAAAAAUUUCGAUCACUUUCCAGAUCAUACUAAUAUUAUUUCAGAAGUUGCCGAGCCCUUGUGGGCAAAAAAUCUAUUUGCAUUAAAAGGUCAAAGAUGGCGUGACAUGAGGCCAAUUCUUAGUCCAUCGUUCACUAGCAGCAAGAUGAGAUCGAUGUUCGUAUUAAUUUCUGAAUGUGCACAAAACUUCUCUCAUUAUUAUUUAAAGAAAGAUGAACAAAUAAUUGAAGUAGAAUUGAAAGAUAGUUUUACGCGAUUUACCAACGACGUUAUAGCUACAGCUGCAUUUGGUAUCAAAACAGAUUCAUUAGAAAAUAAGGAAAACCAGUUCUAUGUAAUGGGAAAAGCAUUGACCAGCUUUGCGACAGGAUUUUUUAAUGCAUUCAAACUAGUUUUGUUAAUACUAUUUCCCAAGGUGUUUGAGAUUUUUCAAAUAGGAAUAUUUAAGAAAGAAGUAACCACAUUCUUCAUAGAUUUAAUAGACAGUACCGUGAAAACUCGAAAAGAAAAGAAAAUAGUACGUCCAGAUAUGAUACAUUUAUUAAUGGAGGCUCAAAAAGGAUUGGAAAGUAAAGAAGUUCAAGUUGAAGAUAAUAGUUUUGCUGCUCAAACUGAAGCUGAUUUAGGAAAAGCAGUACAACAAAAAGAUUUAUCAAAUUUGGAUAUUGCUGCCCAAGCUCUUAUAUUCUUUUUCGCUGGUUUUGAAACGGUAUCAGCGCUAAUGUGUUUUAUGGCUUAUGAAUUAGCAAUAAAUCCCGAUAUACAGCAGAAAUUGAGAGAAGAAAUUGAAGAAACUUUAGAAAAUUGCAACGGAGAGCUUACCUAUGAAGCUUUGCUGAAGAUGAAAUAUUUGGAUAUGGUUGUGUCAGAAUCAUUAAGAAAAUGGCCAUCUGCUAUAGUUGCCGAUAGAGAAUGUACUAAAACUUAUACAAUUGAACCAAAAUUAACUGGAGAAAAACCUGUUGUGAUAAAGAAAAAGAUGGCAAUUUGGUUACCUAUAUAUGGUAUCCACCGUGAUCCAAAUAUUUAUCCGGAACCAGAAAAAUUCAAUCCGGAAAGAUUUAACGAUGACAACAAAGCAAACAUUAAUCCUUAUACGUACUUACCGUUUGGUUUAGGACCAAGAAACUGCAUAGGAUCUAGAUUUGCUCUGCUAGAAGUAAAAACUGUGUUCUUUUAUCUAUUGCAAAAUUUUGCGCUGGUACCAACUCAGAAGUCACAAAUACCCCUUAAAUUAUCUGCAAUAAACUUCAGCUUAUCUACAGAAGGAGGAUUUUGGUUUGGAUUGGAGAAAUUGAAACAAUAAAAUGUAUUGGUAUUGAAAGAUGUAAUUUGUAUCUUUAGAAAAAUUAAGUGUUAGUAAAAUAUAUUAAACCACCCAGUUGAAUUGUAAUGUGUAUAUGUUUGUUACAAUUGAGUUAUCCACAACCAAUUAGGCUAAAAUUUUAAAUACACAUUUAGUUUGGAUGAAAAUGCAUCGUUAGGUAAUUGAUGUCAUUAUAAAUACAAUAUGGUGAACUCCAAAAGAUGAUGGACUAGUAAUUUUUUGUUUCCCAACAUAUGGGUACAAUUAAAAGGAUUUGCUGAGACGAAUACGAAAAAACACUAAAUUCCACAUGGCGGUCAAAAUUUUAUUUUAUGAGUAUCAAAUUAAAGAAUUUGCUAAGGAGAAUACAAAAAUAAAAUGAUAUCACUCUGAAUCCAAUGUGGCGGUCUCCCAAAGAUAGCGGUAUUAUUUUUUUUUGCACCCUUAUGAUAUGGGGAAUCAAUACCUUUACAUACUGUUCAAUAUUGUUGAAUUUGUCGAAUAUCGUGAUACAACACAAGUUUUUUAGGUUGUAAACCACAAUAUGUAAAUAAAAAAGGGGGAGGGGAGUGUUAUCAUCCUCUAAGAGAACUAGACUUCCUAGUUCGACAGCUUUGGGAUCUGCAGACCAUUCACCGGACCUGUAGGUGAUGCAAGUAGUCUUUAGACCACCUAUUCCAGAAAUGUUGAACAAACAAUUGUAUGUACUUAUAACGGGAAACCAAAGUAUUUGGACAGGAACUCACAACUGGCUCGUUAAACGAAGUCAAUGCACUGCCAAUGAUGAAGUGAUCUGGCGUCAAAGGUUGAAGAUCAGUUGGAUCUUCUGUGAGAGGGGUGAUGGAUCUAGAAUUUAAAAUUGACUCUAUCUGUGUCAAUAACGUGUAAAAAUCUUUAUAUGACAAAUAUACAUUGUGAAUUAUUCUAUUGAGGUAAAAUUUUACUGAACGUACUGCACUUUCCCAUAGACCUCCAAAGUGGGGCGAGCGAGAGGGAAUAAAAUUCCAUCUGAUUUUAGAUUCAAUUGAAAAGGAUUUAAAUUUGUCUGUACUCGACAAAUUUACAAAUUCUUUGAGUUCGCGAUUAGCUGCAGUUAAAUUGCCAGCAUUAUCAGAAUAUAUGUCUGAACAAAGACCUCUUCUAGCUACGAAUCUCUUAAAAAUGUUUAAAAAACCUUCAGCAGUAAGCUCAGUAACUUGUUCUAUGUGAAUUGCCUUCGUGGCUAAACAAAUAAAAAUACAUAUAUACGCCUUUAUAUAUUUUCUGUUUAUGAGCGUACUGUCCUUGAUUAAAUAAGGACCAGCAUAAUCCACACCAAUUUUAGAAAAAACUCGAGGAACGUUAACUCUGUCACCGGGCAAAUCUUCUAUUUUUUGUGUAAAAGUUAACGGUUUUGUCCUGAAACAAAUUAUGCAUUUACUCAAAAUUGAUCUAACUGUUCUACGACCGCUGAGAGGCCAAUAUUUAGUUCUAACGCGUGAUAAAACAUGUUGUGGCCCAGCAUGCAAGUCACUUACAUGAGCAUUUAAAAUAACUAGUUUAGUAAAGUUUCCCUUUGAAGGGAUUGUUAUAGGGAAUUUACAUUCCAAGGGUAGGACCGCGUUGGACAGCCGCCCGCCAACUCUAAUUAGACCUGAUUUGUCCAGAAAUGAAUUCAAGCAUUUUAGUUUGCUUUUAUUAGGGACUAAGGAAUUUUUAUUCAGACAACGAAUUUCUUCUGCAAAAUAUUUUUGUUGAACGAGCCUGGAUAAAACAAUUUUACUAUUUUCAACUUCAUCCAGCUGCAAAGAACCAGAAAGUCUGUUUUGACGGCUUUCUCCUUUAAGACGACUAUUGUGAAGAAAUCUCAAUACGAAAGCAACUGUACGAAUCAAGCAAUUGUAAGACGAAUAUCUUCCUAACAGACUAUCAUCUAUUUAAAUGGUUAAACGGGUAGGUUUGAAUUCCUCUAAAUCAGGAACAGGAAUUGAUGCAUAGUUUAACUUGGGCCAAAGAGUAAUAUCUAGUUUUAAAAAUUCAGGUCCAUUCCACCAUAACUUGUUAUGUUGUAACUGAUUAGGGUAAACACCGCGGGAGAUUAUAACAGCA